AUGACACAAGAGAUGGAGACAAUUGUGAAGCAAGCCUUGAGUGAAGGGUGGUGCAUUGGAGCGGUGAUUACUGACAAUGCUGGCCAGUGCGGUAGAGCUCGCCGCAUCUUAGCGCUCAUGUGGCCCAAGAUCACGUUCCUUUUCUGCUUUACCCACUGCAUCAAUAACAUUGUCAAGGCAGUCCUCAAGUCAUCAUUUUCUGAUGUUGCGAGGCAGGCGACGGCGGCAGUUAAAUCCAUCAAUGCGUCGUCAUCUAAGUGGCUUGGGCACGCACGAGCUCUGACGAAGGAAUGCUACGGCAAAUCCCUAGCUCUGUUUACUUUGUGUGAGACUCGGUGGAAUAGUAUGGAGAGCUGCUUUGUAUCCCUAUUGAGAGUUCGGACGUCACUGGUGAUGCUUGCUAGUAGGUACCAACGCCGUGCCGACUUCCCAAAAUCACUAAAGGUGUUCAGCUAUAAUAUAUUCUGGGCAGAUUUAUCCAACACCGAGCAUGCAAUUGUACCUCUAUCUAAGGCAUCCUAUAGCCUACAGCGCGACGAGAAUACACUGGCGGACGUGGUUGUGUUUUUUCGGGACAUGUUUCUGGAUUUUGGCCGCUUAAGUUUGGAUUGCCGGUCGGAGUUGCAACAAUGUGUUGAAGUGCGCUGA